UAACACAAAGUACAUAAUGCGUGCUGAUAACGGAAAUAUUUACUACUGGUAGAACUGAUCACUUUUUGGAAAACAAUCAGUGAAACUAAUCGCUUCCAUAACGAAUAUUUUUAAAAGUAAUGCACAUAGUGGGCAAAAGCAUUGAGUUCGAAUGUUUAAAUUCUUUACGUGGUUACUCUGGCUAUGAGAAGGUUUUGUUUUCUCUCGCAGUUGUACGAUUUUAUUUAAUUUUGUUUGUCGCGUUGGUAGUGUGCGAUUGAGAUCGGAAGUUUGCGUAUGUAUCUUAUAGCCUAAAGUUGUUACCGCAAUAGACUAACUCGUGCAAUUUUUUUAUUAUUAGUGAAAAUAAAAACAUUAACAGUUUUCGGAAUUAAGUUAAAACGUUUAUAUGUAUAUGAGAAACGUACUUCUUUAUGUAUAUUGUAUGUGACAUGGCUGUACGUAAUAAAAUCCCUUACAAAUUUUAAAAAUCUAUGUGUGUGUGUAUAUGUGUACUGUGAUAUAAAAAUAAGUUUCUUAUUAAAAAAUAUUAGAAUGAAGUCAUAUCAUAAUUAUCCCGCUUAACGUUUAUACAUGUUUCAUAAUUAUACAAAAUAAUGUUAUUUUACAAAAAUUGUUAUUUCGAAUUGGAAUAAAUAUUUAACAUCAAAAACAACUACAACUAUACGAUCAACUACCGCUUCGAAAGAAAUAGUCACGCACUUCAGGUACAACCCUAAAUGUACGCGCAAUAUGGAACUUGGAAUUUAUAAAGCAGACCUGCCUUCUACAAAAUUUAUGAUACCAAUCACAUCUCCAUCAACAACGUUCCCUGUGAAAACAAAUAAACAUAUUAACGAGAUCCUCAGUCUUAAUUCCAAUUUAUUAUUCACAAAUUCAAAUAAUAUUAAAAGUGGCAAUUACGCGAUGCGACUGAAAAAAAAUCGUAAAGUAACAUUUCUUUCAAAUCUAGUAGAGACUAAUUUUUUUAUAAAAGAAGAACCAGAAGAUAGGACAAAAGAAAUUCCUCCCGCUAUCUCUAGUAUAACCUCCGAUAUUUCUGAUCAUGAACCGUCAAUUGAGGUUCCAACACAAAUCCCACCACUUACCCCCGGAACUAAUCGCAAGGUAGCAGAAGUAUUAAAAGCUUCUUUUGCAUCAUGGGAGAAGGAGGUACAAAACUGCAAUAUUACCAAAGAUCCCCGCGAAUGGACAGAAGAACAUGUUAUAUAUUGGUUAAAUUGGGCUAUAAAGGAAUUUUCGUUGGUUUCAAUGAAUUUAGAACCUUUUAUCAAAAUGAAAGGACGCGAUAUGGUUGAAUUAGGAAAAGAUAAAUUUUUAGCCAUCACACCAGCAUUCACCGGUGAUAUUCUAUGGGAACAUUUGGAUAUUUUACAAAAAGAUUGCGAAAAACCUACAGAAGAAAUUUUAGCUGCAAAUUCUUUCGAAUCGGCUACUACUGGCUCAGCCUGUGGUUCAGAUCACCAAGCGGGGAGUUUUUUGACAAAUAAUAAUCCCCGAUCAUCUACAGAUUACUCCACCCAGUCAACGAUUCAUGAAAAGAGUAGUUUUCAUUCUUCUUCUACGCAUCAAAGUGGUUACAACAAUAAUAAUGGGCAUGAACGUAAUAACACCCCCCCACCGCAGCAACAAAAUUCAAGUCCAUCGAUGCUCCCACCAACCAGUAUGGGUUCCCAACAACAACAAACUUGUUCACCUGCCUCAGCGACGAAUACACUGAUUAGUGGAAGCAAUACAGACAAUUGUGCGUCGAAUUCACCAAACAACAACAAUAACAACGUUAAUUUAAAUUAUAUGCAGAUGGCCGUAAGAAAUUCAGUAGCUGUUGCCGCCCUUUAUACGCAACAUCAAAUGAAAGAAGAACCUGGUACCCAAACAUCCACAACAUACACGGGUCCUUCCAAUAAUACACAGACAGAUCCAACAGAUUUGUCAAAUUUUGGACUCCCCGCACAUUUAUCUGGUACAACUGCAGCACAUUUCAGCGAUACAGAUUAUCACAGUUCACUGUCAUCGCAGGACCAUCAGAGUCAAUCUAGUUAUCUCGAAAAUAGUACGGAUUUUUAUGGUUUAACAGCGGCAGCUGCUGCUGCAGUUGCAGAACAGAAAUACAACGCAUACGGACGUUCAAGAUUUCCCGAAUCAUAUCCACCUGAGUUUACGCCAUACGAUGCACCACAAUUUCAAUCAAUGGCUGGUCAACCUCCUCCAGAUCAAUGGAGUGCUCAUCAUGCUAACCAACAUCCAGCAGCUUAUAUGAGUACAAUGGGUCUAGAUAAAGCACUACUGGGUAGUGCUUAUCCUGGACAAACUGGUGUACCUUGUUUUACAGGCUCAGGACCUAUACAGCUGUGGCAGUUUCUACUUGAACUAUUAAUGGAUAAAACUUGUCAGGGUUUUAUCUCUUGGACAGGUGACGGUUGGGAAUUCAAAUUAACUGAUCCCGAUGAGGUCGCACGCCGCUGGGGCAUUAGAAAGAAUAAACCCAAAAUGAAUUAUGAAAAACUGAGCAGAGGUCUGCGUUACUACUAUGAUAAGAAUAUCAUUCAUAAAACUGCAGGCAAGCGCUAUGUUUACAGAUUCGUCUGUGAUUUACAGAAUUUAAUUGGUUUUUCGCCUGAAGAACUUUGUGCUAAAUAUGAUCUUAAAACAGACAAAAAGGAUGAUGACUAAAAGCGAACAUUGACUUUCGGUUCAAAUUAAUUAAGAAUUAAAUUCGGCUUUUACCAUUUUGUGUUAACCUUGAGGUUUUUUCAUUUUGAGCCAAAUCGGUAAUGUCGCUGGAUGUUACCAAAUUUUUCGAUGAGAUUCAAAAUUGUUGCUGUGAGCUACACUGAAAAAAACUACUUUCAAUCUUGUAAAGAAAAACGAGAAAAAUAUUUUUUGUCUUUUUGUUUUUAUUUGGAAAAUUCGCGUCAAGCAUAAGGCAAAUAUAUACAAAAAUAUAUAUACAAAUUUAUUUUAUUUGCUUUAAAUCGUGAUGUAAUAUUUUAAGCUAUUAUAUCUUUCUUACAAAGAUUACUAAUUGUUAAUUUAUUAUACCCUCUUUUUUAAGUUC